AUGAUUUUUUUUCAGAAAGCUUUGAGACGGAAAGAUUUCUCCAAUAAAGCGCUACUUUAUUUGCAGGCUUUAAAAAUACUUUUGCCGCACGUAGGACUUACUGUAUUGCUGCUCGGCUACCUUGCUUCUGGUGCCGUCAUGUUGAUGUGGAUGGAGCAGCAGAAGGAAGUGGAGAAACGCAAUGACAAGGUUUUCAAAGUCACCCAGAUCCACGAAUUAAUAGUCAACGUGUCUGUACAGCUUUGUCAGAAAAACUCUCCAUACGACGUUGGCAUUGUCAGCACACGGAUGAAAAAACUAUUAAAUUUACUUUCUGAAAUGAACGAAUAUGACGAACGAUUCGAUGACGAACACCAACCAUGGGACGACGAUCGUGCCCAGAUGAGCAUCAGAUGGACAUUCGCCGCGGCAGUGCUUUAUUCGCUUACGGUCAUAACUACCACUGGAUAUGAUCAUGUCACUCCGCUGACCAACGGGGGUCGGAUUUUUACAGUCAUCUUUGGAUUGGUUGGCAUUCCGUUAAUGUUUAUUACAGCAGCAGAUAUUGGCAAAUUUCUUUCGACAAUGGUCACUUAUGUUCACAAGAAAGUGAUCUUGUUUGGUCGCUACGCGGGACAGAAGUUACCAUUCAUGCAAAACGCUCACAUGGCUCGAAUCAGAAACGACAAGAACAGCAGCAUUUUACCAGUUCAUCUGAAUGACAUAGAUCUGCAACUGUUCACACAAGAAGAAAGCGAACUUCCGGUGGAACUUCCAAUCGUCGCUUAUUUUAUGCUGAUACUGAGCUAUUGCGCAGUUGGCAGCGCAUUAUUUACAAGUUACGAACGCGGUUCUCUUUGGACGUUUGUUUACGGAUUCUUUUUCUCGUUCAACGCCAUCACUACCAUUGGAUUAGGUAACAUCAAAGUUCAAAACAACGUAUACCUCGUACUUAUUGUUGUUUACACUAUCAUUGGCCUGUCGUUGAUUACGAUGUGCAUUGAUCUUGCCAGUGCACAGUUGAAACUACUGUUUACCAAACUGCAUUACUUCGGCCGGAAAUUUCGAGGAGCCAGAGUGACUGUUUUGAACAUGAGUGACGACAUAAAGGAGGCGAUUCGCAUUAUCGCUGCACUUAGAAAGUUUCACCCGUCAAAGGAAAAGUUCACGGUAGAAGAUAUUAGACGGUAUUUGGAAAUUGAGAGACAGUUUCUUUUGAAACCGUUUGUACCUGAAAAUAUGAAUUACAUUCAAUGGGCCGAUGAUGACAGUUACACGUCGACACUCUCGCUCAACUUGCUGCCUCACUUGCAAGGUACCUCGCAGUACUCCUGCAGUGCCAAGUGUGAAAUCGAAAACCCCGUUCUGGACAAAAAUGCGCAGUUCUGA